CUAAAAUGGCUGAGACUAACCUGAGAAUCAGUGGGGGGGCGGUGAGGUUCGGGGCCACCUAUGGGGGCAACAGGCUCUUCUCUGGGGGCAGGAGCGGUGGAGGUGGCGGCGGAGGGGCCGGCAUGGCCCUCUCCAGGUCUUUUGGAAUGGGCGGGGGCCUUGGGAUGGGAAUGGGGGGAGGUCUGGGGAUGGGAAUGGGGGGAGGUCUGGGGAUGGGAAUGGGGGGAGGAGGAGGUGGAGGCGGUCUUGGGAUGGGAAUGGGUGGACGUGCCCUGGCUCUAGGAGCCGGCGGUGGAGGGGUCAGUGCAGCAGGGUUCAGGGCUGGCGUGGCCCCACUCAGGGCUCGCUUGGGCGGCCGGGUCUUCAAGAUCGGAGGCUAUGGCUUCAACCCAUCUUUCCUGAGCUCCACCACUGCAGUGGGUGGUGACGUGGGUGUCAGCCCUGUGCCAAGCAUCGACCCCUCGCUACCCUCGCUCGACACAGUCCAGGUGACCCGCCUAAAGGAGAAGGAGGAGCUGCAGGUCCUCAAUGACAAGUUUGCCACCUUCAUUGACAAGGCUCGCUCUCUGGAGCAGACCAACGCUGUGCUGAGGGCCAAGAUCGCCAUGUUCACCAACCCGGACCAGAGCGGCCCUGCCAACACCUCCAUCCUGCUCACCUCUGCCAUCGGUACCUACAAGAUCCAGAUUGAUGGCCUGUCCGCCACCAAGGAGGCCAUCGUUGCUGAGAUUGAGCACUACAAGAGCAUCAUUGAAGAUGUCCAGAGCAGGUUUGAGGAGGAGACAGUCCAAACCAAGUCAUUAGAGAUGGACUGGACCACAUUAAAAGAGGAGGUAGACAAUCUCUACAUGAGCAUUUUUGAGCUUCAAACCAACAUUGGCGGACUGGAAGAUCAGAUUGGUCUCUCAAAGCAGGUGUAUGAUGCUAAAGUGAAGGAGGUGAGGAACAUCGUGACGGGCAGUGUGAGGUCAGCCUUCUCCAUCUCGGUGGACAACGCGGCCCAAGCCCAGGACCUGACCUCUGCUCUGUCGGACGUCAAGUCCCACUACGAAGCCCUGGCCCAGCGCAGCAAGCAGGACGCCCUUCUUUCUGUGCAGGACAGUCUCUCCAUGAUGUCCAUGACGUCCCAGCCCAGUACCCAGACUCUGACCCAAACCAAAGAGGAGCUGCGCAUGUACAAACUGCAGAUCGACUCAGUACAGAGGGAGAUCGACAGACUCAAGACCCUGAACAUCCAGAUGGAAUCUCAGGUGGAUGAGGCAGAGUCCCACUCCAGCUCCCACACAGAGACCUAUCAGGAGCAGGUUCUGACCCUCAAGUUGCAGCUGGAUGACAUCAGAAAGCAAAUAACACACUAUGGUCAAGAGUACCAGGAACUCCUGGCCAGUAAAAUGUCUCUAGAUGUUGAGAUCACUGCAUACAAGAAGCUUCUGGACAGUGAGGAGAACAGACUGAAGUCAGGAGGAGGCGUGACCGUGCACAUGUCUAAGACUGCCAUUGGAGGAGGUGGAGGUGGAGGUGGAGCUGGGCUGGCCCUGGCCCUGGGAGGAGGUGGAGGGGGAGGAGGCGGCGGCGGCGGGGGGGCUGGCAUGGCCCUGGGAGGAGGAGGCGGCGGUGGCUACAGAAUGGGCAUGGGCGGAGGCGGCUUUGGAGGGGGUCUGGGCAGUGGCUUUGGAGGUUUUGGAGGCGGUCUGGGGUUAGGAGGAGGUGGAGGGUCCUUCGGAGGUGGAGGGUCCUUCGGAGGUGGAGGGUCCUUUGGAGGCGGGAGCAGCUACAUGUCCUCCAGCCUGAGCAGCAGUGGACUCUCUUCAACAGUGUACUGAGGACAAACAGGACAAACCAGAGAAUCUCCAGCGGUUUGAGAUGGAACCAGGCUGAGAUGAAACCCUGUUUUGGCAGAAUUACUAAGAAAAAUCAUCACAGUCUCAGAUUCUGUUGUGUGACUUGCCAUACUCAAUGUAACAUGUUUUAUAUCAAUAAAAGCAGUGUUAUUUCA